AUGGAUACAUGGUGGUCUGAAAUGAGUAGCUGCAGUAUGAAUGAUCACAACUUUGUUAAUCAGAGCCAGACGAUGACACCAUUUAAUGAAUUGCCUUUCAAUUCUAAGCCCUUUUCUACUUUUUCUCCUCCUCCUCCUCCCUCCAGUGUAAUUUCUAAUCACAGCUACUCCAAUUCAAUGCCAGCUAAAAACCAAUUCGAAAAUUUGAAUACCUUUAAGGUCGUCAAGCGUGAGAUUCCAUCAGGAACUACAAUAAACUUCUCUUCUUCCGUUAAUUCUAUGGACGAUUCUGAUUUUGGUGAUAUCGAGGCCAUGGGAUUUGGUGCUGCUGUUACGACUACUACUGAUCAGAAGAAAAGUUACAAUAGAACAAGUGUUCAGGCACAAGAUCACGUUCUAGCUGAAAGAAAGCGGAGAGAACGCUUAACUCAGCGUUUUAUAGCUUUAUCUACCCUCAUUCCCAACCUAAAGAAGUUGGACAAAGCAACAGUACUGGGAGAUGCUAUCCAAUAUAUAAAACAGCUGGAAGAACAAGUAAAAACACUUGAGGAAAAAAACAAGAAAUGUAGCGAGCAACCGGAGAUUCCAGCAGCAAAGAGACCUCGAUUGGUUUCCAGUUGUGACGAUUCAUCGUCGUGUGGCGAAAUAUCCAGUGUUAGCGCAGACGAUAGAUCAUUGCCAGAUAUUGAAGUUAGAGCUUCAGAUGGAAAUAUUCUGAUUAGAAUUUAUUGCAAAAAACAAAAUGGGAUAAUGAAGGAAAUAUUCAAUGAAGUGGAAAAACUUCAUCUUUCUAUCAUUAGUUGCAGUGUUAUGCCUUUUGGCGACAACACUUCACACAUGACUAUUAUUGCUCAGAUGCAUCAUAAAUUAACAAGCGUGACACCAAAUCAUGUUGCGAAUAGAAUCCGAGCGGCGAUGAUGAAAGAAGAAGCCAACUCCUUUACAGCAUAG